CAGCCGCCGGCGCUGGUGCCCCGGCGCGGUGCAGCUGGGCUGGGAGGCGCUUCUGGGAGAGGCACGGGGAGGGGCUCUGGGGCUGCCUUGUGCCGCUCACGCCGCAGCUCCGGAGGGACAGUUCCCUGGCAACGACUGGACCGAAGAAAACCUGGAGCAGAAGCUGCUUUUCUGUUGCUGUUGGUUUGUUGGAGGCUGGGGUUACCUGCUUGGUGGUACUUGCAGCAGUACUCUAUGCCAGCCGACGGUGACUUCCAGGAGCAUCUCUCUGCUUCUCUUACGGAGGUUCUAUAACGAUGAUAUAAUCAGGAUCUGCUGUUACUUAUUUACCUAAAGAAUUUCCCGUUUUGAUCUAUUUCCUGAAAGAGAUGAAGAAAGGACCAGAAAGCGGAGCAUGUCCCCUUGCAGCUUUAGGAAAUUUAGUGGAGUCAAAUCCAGAUGAUAACAGGAGAAAUGGAGCCUCAGUGAAAGACAGAGAUGUGCUUUCCUCUCCUGGAGAACUGGAAAACAUACAGCUGAAACCUAGCAAAGAAACAUCCAGAAAAAAACUGUGUGGCUAUUUAAAUAAGCUUGGCAUCAAGGGGCCAAUCAAGACCUGGAAGUCUCGCUGGUUCUUUUACGAUGAAAACAAAUGUCACUUACUGUACUACAGAACUGCCCAGGACAUUAACCCUUUGGGGUCUAUCGAGCUCUCCAGUGCCAGCUUUGACUGCAAAAUGGAAAAUGGGGAAGGGAUUUUUGAGAUCAGAACACCAAGCAGAGCUUUUACUUUGAAGGCAAUCAGCAAGCAGGCAAUGAUGUACUGGCUGCAGCAGCUGCAAAUGAGACGUUGGGAAUUUUGCAACACUAAGAGCAGAUUUCCUGUGGGCAGCUCCCAGCUUGUGAAUGAACCUCUAGCUGGCAGAACAAAUGUGGUUGACAAUGAUGACUUUCUGCCUUUGGUGAAAACACCAACAGAAGCAGUGGGUUUAAAGGCAGCAUCUCUGCCUGCACCCCAAACAUCUACUGCUUUGCAGAACAUCUCCCUUAAGCACCCUUGGACAGAGAUACAAAACACUGUCUACAAUAUCUGUGGCUCCAAACAGCUCUGGGGGAACAAUGAGAAUGUCUUCAGCUUCGAUGAAUUCCAAGAGCAUCCUGCGAACUUGGAUGAGGAACAAGAGGCGGAAGUGGAGGCAGGGUGUGCAGUUAAGGAAGGAACCCUGGAGGAUGGAAGGAUGGAGUCCAGGCUGAACUGGAUUAGGAAAGCCAGGUGGACAAACAGUGGCUUCCCAGGCUCACAUGAAGAACUGUCCAGGGAGAGGAACCCAAUGGAUAAAGUGAGUGUUCUACAGCAACAGAUCCUGACACUGACAGAGGAAGUCAAGUCACAGAAGGAGCUGGUUAAACUUCUUCACAAAGCUCUGGAGGCAGCUCAGCAGGAGAAGCGAGUAUCUAGCAUGUAUCUCACUGCAGCAGAAGAUAAGGACAGGCUGGAGCUGGUGCGCCACAAAGUGAGACAAAUAGCAGAUCUGACUAGUCGACUGGAAGCUCUUGAACAAGAAAAGAAGGAACUGGAGCAGAUACUUACUUUGAGAGACAGCCACAUCCAGGAACUCAAGGAACAUGUGCAGCUUCUGAUGGAGAAGAACCAUGCCAAACAGGAAGUCAUCAUGGCCUUGACAGAACAGAUGGCCCGAGAGCUCUCUGACCCCCUGCAAGAAGACAACACUGUCACUGCAGAGACGUUGUAUAAGCAACAGGAGGAGAUUGAGCACCUAAAGGAUGAUAUAGAUGCAUACAAAACCCAGAAUCAGUUUCUCAAUUCGGAGAUCCACCAGGUUACUCGACUCUGGACAAGUGCUGCUGAGAAUGAAAAAGCUCUUCUGAUGAAGUGUGCCUGCCUGCAAGCAAGAAACUGCCAGAUGGAGAGCAAGUACCUGACAGUCUUGCGGAAGCUGCAGGAGGCUGUGCCUGGCCUGCCCAGCUCCCAUGCUGAGUUGGUGAAGAAUCUCAUCCAGGAAUCGCUCCAGUGGGAUGUGAAGGAAGAAGCAGAAGAAGGUUUUAACUUGAACCCUGUAAGUGAGUAUGAUGAGUAUGGGUUUAUGACUGUACCUGACUAUGAAAUCGAGGACUGGAAACUUCUGGCCAAAAUCCAAGCCCUGGAGAUAAAGUCCAACAAACUGAGGAGCCAGGAAAUUGUGGAGAAGCCCCUCCGUGACAGGUGGAACAGCAUCGGGGAGCUGAACCCCUCUGCAGAGUUGAAGAGCCUGAUCCGCAGUGGCAUUCCAGUGGAGCAUCGGCAGCGGGUGUGGAGGUGGAUUGUCAGCCGGCACUGCAGCCGCCUGCCUGACCACUACCAGCGGCUGCUGCAGCAGAGCAGGAGCACUGAGCACCCUGCCUGCCGCCAGAUCGAGCUCGACCUGCCCCGCACGCUGACCAACAACAAGCACUUCUCCUCUCCCACUUCCCAGCUCAUUCCCAAGCUCCGGAGGGUAUUGCUGGCAUUCUCCUGGCACAAUCCUGCCAUUGGAUACUGCCAGGGACUGAACAGAUUGGCAGCUGUAGCUCUCCUGGUCCUGGAAGAUGAGGAAAGUGCUUUCUGGUGUCUAGUCCAUAUCGUGGAGAACCUAAUGCCAGCAGACUACUACAGUGACACACUGAUAACAUCACAGGUAGAUCAGAGAGUCUUCAAAGACUUCCUGUCCGAGAAGCUGCCUCGCCUCAUGGCUCAUUUUGAGCAGUAUCAGAUUGAUGUGUCACUCAUCACCUUCAACUGGUUUCUGGUGGCCUUUGUGGACAGCCUGGUCAGCGACAUCCUUCUGCAAGUGUGGGAUGCCUUCUUGUAUGAGGGAACUAAGGUCAUUUUCCGCUAUGCUCUUGCGAUUUUUAAAUACAACGAGGAGGAAAUCCUGAGAAUUCAUGACAGUGUGGAGAUCUACCAGUACCUGCGCUUUUUCACAAGAAUGAUCGUGGAUGGCAGGAAGCUGAUGAACAUUGCCUUCAAUGACUUAAACCCCUUCCCCAUGAAACUGCUGAGGAACCGUCGGUCAAUGCACAGGGAAGAGCUGGAGGCGGAGCUGUGUGAACUGGAACAGAUCAAGGCAGCCUAUGUAAAAGAAAGAGCAGAACAAGGGCCUCAGGACCCAAAGGAGGUUGCUAGUGAAGAGGAAGAAGAGAUUUAGCAAAAAUAGGGUUGGCCCUCCCUUCCCUCCUAUCUUGCAGAAGGUCAUCAGUUGUAAGAGAUAGACCAGAGGGGGAAGGGUGGUCACAGCAGGAGCUCGUCUGCCCCAGGAAGCAAGGCUGUAGUUCCUUGACCAUUUGGGGACAAAGUCAAACUCUGUAAUGGAUUGGAAGAUGUCAGAGGAGUUUAUUCUCUUCUGUACUUCUCCCCAUUCAGCCCAGCCUGUCCUGUACAGUUCAGGAUUACAGCUGAGGGUGCACAGGAAGUAUCGGUUGUUGUACGAUGACAUGAAUUGACGUGGUGCAAAAGAUUCAACCAGGCAGGGCUUUUCCACGUUUUUCCAAUGGAGGCUUGAGUGAGAUCUUUAUGUACAAGUAAAAUCACUGGAAAUAAUGAACCUAGAACCCUCCCUCAUUGGUACCCAAAGCAGAUUGGUUAGGAAGAAAGCCGCUCUUCGAAGGCAUGGUGCCUUCAGUGGCUAACCUGCCAGGAGAGCGUGUGUUUAACGUUGCAGUUACUGGGUCAAGACACUGCGUCCAGGUGAAUGUUGGGUCUGAGGAAGUCCUGGAAGCUGGAGAACAUCACCCCGUUGGAUUUAGGCUCAGACAUGGGAAAUGGGUUGUGGGAGAGUGGAGUUGUCUCUACAGUUUGAUUCCCGUGGAAAUCCAUGGGAGCACAAGAUGUGUCUCCCUGUCUGGCUGGGAAAUGCUGGGAGCUCUCUCUCCUCUUUAUUUAGCUUUGAGCAGAGCCAUCUAUGGAUUGGCCUGACCCUGGCAGCACUCUGCCUUCCGGAGGUGAGUUUGCUCUGUAGAGGAACUCUCAUCCCAGUGUGAAACCAACAGCAGCCUGGCUUCAGGCAGGGCCUGUGUUACAGAGACUUUUACUGGGAACGACUGGAUCUUCUGAUGGCCUCACGCUUGGCCAGGAUGAGUGUGUGGCUGUCUCUCUCUGCCCUACAGUUACUGUUUUCCUGUGCUGAUAUCC